UAUAAACUCUAGAUUUUGACUUCGUUGUAGCAAUAAUUUGUUGAAUAAAACUAACUGAUUUCUGAAUUUACAUAACAUGAAUCAAUUUUUUGUGAAGCUUUUAAUAUUUUUGUCGAUUCUAAAUAUUAUUGUUAGUGAUUCCAGGUUUAAAGACAUGUGGGACAAAUAUAAGACAGAAUUUGAUAAGAGUUAUGAUCCUGACGAAGAGAACUUUCGAAGAGAAAUAUGGGAACGGAAACAUCUACAUAUAAGGGAACACAAUAAUGAUUUCGAAAAAGGUGUUCACCGCUACAGUAAAUCUCACAACCACAUGUCUGACAUGACAGAGGGAGAGCUUAAACGUCACCAUCAAUGUGCAUUCAUGUCUAUGGAGAAAAAGGAUAGCGGUUACGUUGAAUUUAAGAGCGAUUGUAACGGAAAAUGUAAACGAAAUAUUCCAAAAAAACAUGAUUGGAGAAAAAAAAAUAUAAUUACAUCGGUAAAAAACCAAGGUCAUUGUGGAUCUUGUUGGGCAUUUGGAACAGUUGCAGCUCUCGAAGCUCACUUAGCUUUAAAAACUGGUAAAUUGGUAGAGUUAAGCGAACAAGAUGUUAUAGACUGUUCCAGGAAAUACGGAAAUCAUGGUUGUCACGGUGGAUUUACAGAUCAUGCUUACCAUUAUGUCAAGACAAAUAAAGGAAUAAACAGAGCAAAAGAUUAUCCGUAUAAAGCCAAGGAAGGUAAACGAUGCAAGAAUAAGAAAAGAAAAAAUGAAGCACCCAUCAAGUACUAUGGCGUACUACCAAAAGGAGACGAAAAAUUAUUAAAAGAAGUCAUUGCUACUCAUGGACCAGUUACUGCCUUAAUUCACGUCACGAAAAAUUUACAUCACUACAAAUCCGGAAUAUUUCAUGACGAUGAGUGUACUAAGAAACAUCUAGUCAACCAUGCUGUUUUAAUUGUUGGAUAUGGCCAAUCAAAAGGCAUACCUUACUGGAUUGUCAGAAAUAGGUAUGUAUAAAUACACCAAAAAUUAAAACGAAAUAAAAACUGGCAAAGCAAAUAAAACCAAACAGGGCCAAAGUAUUAUCCAAUAUAGGAUCAAUAUACUGAAAACAAAAAUGAGCAUAAUCUGUACUUAAAAUAAGGAAACUGGUCACUUGUCGAACACAGCAGCUGACUGAUACCCUGCCAGUCAGAUAAUAAUAUGUCUA